AUGGGUCCCACUGGUCCUCCCCUUGGAGCAGCAAUAAUGUCAUCAGGUCGACCGAAAUUCGAAAAUGGCAUGCCAGUUCCAGGCCCGGGUCCUAGACCACAGAAUCUAAGCGCAUCUCGACGUGGUCUUCCCCUUCGUCAUGCUCAGUCGAACUCUUCUCUAUCUUCCAAAGUCCCGCCAUCGCAAGGGCAGGUUGUCGCCUUAGUACGGGAAUCUAUGAAUAAGGCUUUGGAGGAAAACAUAGUGAAAGCUGCAGAGUCGAGCGCUGUCAGCAACGAGCUGAUGCCAGGAGUCACGAUCGAUUUGAGCCAUAGACGUAUACAAAGAUUUCCAGAAGAGGUUGUCGACAUCAUAAAAGUCGAACUCAUAUGCCAGUUAAACUUCCUCGAAAUUCUCGACCUUGGACGAAAUAAACUACGGACGUUGCCACCAGGCAUUAUAAAUUUGACAUCAUUGAAGGUUUUGUCCGUUCAAAGGAACAGGAUUGAGGAACUUCCUUUAUGCGUGGCAGAUAUGACAUCUCUUCAAAUCCUGAAAUUGGAUGGGAAUCCCCUGAGAUUUCCACCAAAAGAGAUCCUUCAGGCGCAAGCUUUGAACUCCCCUAGCGGCGGUCCCCUCCAAGAAGGUGAGAUAGAUGAUCUUGCUGUCACAGCACAGAUCAAAAGAUUCUUGAGGUCCAAAGCCAUGGGUCGACUCGAAACCGAAUCUGGCGGAGAAGAAUCGAGCGAGGGUACCGAGACUCCACGGCCUACGAUGAAGCGUGUUGUGAGUGGUCGCUUCCCCAUAAAGGUCGACGGCGUUCCCCCAUCGCCAGCUCAACCUCGACCACCACCUAUACCUUCUAGAUCACACCAAAGAGGCUUCUCGCAACAAAACGCAGCGCUUCGGCGACCUGGCGUAAUGCCUCUCACAAUCGGAAGCACAAACGAAAGGGUUCGCAGUAACAGCGAGAGCCUUUUGCAGGCUAAUCGUGAUCGACCGGACCGCUCUUCAACGGAUCGCUCGCGACGAAUGGGUAUCGUUUCAAGGAAGGCGGCGGAGUUAGGGACGGUCGACGAGACGAACAAAUCGAAUCGUUACAGUCUCCACAACAGGGGCCUCAGUCAUGGAUCUGCAAUGCAGAGUAAUGGUACUGGGUCUAAUGGCAAUACGAUUAGCCCAGCAAGCCCGGCAGAUUCGGCGGGGCAGAGAGCUACCUACGUCCGCCGCUUAUCAAGCUUACCGGAACGCAAACGAGAAUCUACUUCCCCAGAUCCUAUUAUUGAAGGGGCUAAAGGUGUACUGUACGCUUUGUUUCAAGUCCAUCCUCUUAUUGAAACCUUGAUUGGCCUGGUUCGGAAUCCUGGCGAGAAGAAGUCAACUUUGGAGAGGGUAUUUUACAAUGCCAAAACACAUGUGGAAGAGCUAGAUCAGGAUGUUCAACGUUAUGAUUCUUACUCGGAGGAAGACGAGGAAGCUUCUCCUCGAUCCAACGAAAACGUGAAACGUGCCUGUUUGACUUGUGUUGGUGCAUACAUUCACGUAUGUGCCCAAUUAUCACAAAAUGUCGAGAUUCUUCUUAUCAAUGGCGAUCCUCGAUACAUUCGGACCCUACUACUUCAAUUGUACGGAAGCGUAGCAGAAGUACGGAAUGCUGGCGCGAGCUUGUUUCCCCCUGGACAAAGCCGAUCUGGUAGACGCCUAGGAAGUAACCACGAGGUAGGAUAUCCAAUCCGAGACAAGUCAGUUACUCCGACACGAGAGAGGCCUGGUACGAACUUUAGAUCGAGAAGUGCGACUGUAAUUCAACAUUCAAAUAAUCUACGAGUAGCGAUAGAUGCCCCCCCACCAUUUGUCAGUGGAAAUGGGCGUUCCGCAACUAUGACAAGCGCUACUCCACGCUCUGGAGAAUCAUUUGGUUCAACAGGCACUAGUGGACGUCUAGUGGGAGACUUUACUGAGGAGGAUAAAAUCUUUGAGAAGAUAUUUCUUCGUCUACAGCAGACAUCAGAAAUGGCCCUCAAAACUCUUCCAAAUGUUAACGCCCAUUUUCUCGGAUCGAUGCAAAAAAGUGCAAUAUCAAGUAAUGCAGACCACGGUAAACAGUAUUGGCAAGUAUUAAUACACAAAUGCACGCACGCGUUACACAUAGCGGAUGCGCUUAAAUCUCGUCUAUCACAAAUUAAAUUGAAGGAUCCUGACAUCAGAGAACAAAAGGGUUUCUGGGAGAUAUGUUGGGCGAUGGUAGAUUCAUAUCUAGACUUAGUUACCAAGGUCAGGGAAGUUAAAGGCGUUAUCAGCUUCAUCCCGUCUGAAAUUAUUGUUCUUCUCAGACCUCUUCAAAAGGCCAUCAAAGAAACAGGUUCAAUGAUUACAGCAUCACCGUGGGGCUUCUUGGCCAACAGGCAAGCAAAUGGUGGUUCGAAUGGCUCCUAUACAACGCAAUCGCCUGCCUCUCAAGUCCCCUUGCCGAUGACUCCUCAGAGUGCAGCAUUAGGACCAGCGGUUCAGGCAACUGUUCCAUCUACUCCACAGAGUGUUUCUUUUGGUGCCAUGUUUAAUGGCAAUGUUUAUGAGCGCGCAGAUACUUACUUGUCGAAUGGAUCAAGAACCGGUACCAUGUCUUCUCAGUUGGGUGUUAAUGAUGGACCGACUAUUAUGUUAAGCCCGUCGCAUUACAUGAAUAAUCGGUUUAAUAGUAAUGGGAAAGCGGCCUAUUGA